UGCGGGCCCUGCCCGGGGCGGGGCAGUGACAGUGCCGGGAGGGCUGAGGGGAAGGAGGCGGCCCCUCGGUGCCGGCGCGUUCUUAGGCCACGCGGCUGCUCCUUCUGGCCUUAGGGAGGAGCAGGGCUGUGCUGGGGAGCUCGGCUGGAGUUAUCGUGUUUUUAAGUUAAAACAGCCCAAGAUUUAUUAAUAAAUCGCCUCCGCGGCUUAGCUGCCCCGGUGCUUCACCCCCACAGCAGAGCCCGACAGACUGAGGUCAUUGCUGGCUGUGCCAGUGAACAAAGUGAAACAAAAUGUUAAUAUCACGGCUGAGUUCCCAGUUACUGAAGGCUUCGAGAAUUGCAGGCCACCUCCUGCCCAGAUCAGUGUCCUCCUUCCUGUGCUGCCGCUCUCCAUCCGCAUGCUACAGCACCCAGCCCCCCAACACCAGCGGGGCCCAGCCCCAGCAGUGGCACACGCUGGACCCUGAGCUGGAGGAGAUCCUGAUUCCCAGAAAACUCUCCAUCAGCCCCUUGGAGAGCUGGCUGACAGUGAGGUACUCCCUCCCCAAAGCUGAGGGGGCUCAGGAAGGAGCCAGCCAUGAAAUCCCCCAGCCCUCAGAGUGCCCUCCUCCUGCUGGGGCUGGGGGUGUGGAGGAAGGAGAGGGAGCCCUGGGGGACAAAGUGCAGUGCAGGAACGUGCUGAAGAUCCGCAGGAGGAAAAUGAACAGGCACAAGUACAAGAAGCUGCUCAAGAGGAGGAAGUUCAUCCGCAGGAGGAUAAAGGAGGGGCGCAGGAAGAAGCGUCAGGUAAAAUUUGAGAAAGAUUUGGAGCGCAUCUGGAAAAAAGCUGGCCUGAAAACUGCUCCUGCAGGGUGGCAAACCCCCAAGAUCUACCUGAGGAGUUCCAAACGAUAAAAAAACCACAACACCUGUCCCAAAUUGUAACCUGCAAUUGUAAUUAAAAAAAAAUAUUUAAGUAUGUCCAUGACAUUUAACCUUUUUCUGAUUGUGAUGAAAAGAGCAGGAAGGAGUUUUCCAAGGACAAGCUGGCAGCUUUUCCUCCCCAAAGGAGGAAAUUCCUCUUUGAGAUGAGACUGAACCUAAAAAAAAAAUAAAAAUAAAAAUCAGGUGUGGGAGAUGGGAUCAGUGAAAGAAUUCCUGUUGUUUCUGUGGCACAAAGUUUUGGAAAAGUUUUUUUCUAAAGUGCAUUUUUACUGCAGAAAGGUUGGGAUUUCCCUGAGAGUUGUGGUGGGAUGGGAAUUGGAUCAGAAUUCUGUGGGAUUUACCUGCAGGAGCUUUUGUUGUCUCUUAUCUGGAGUGCCUUGGGCAUUGUGUGAGCUUCCUUAAAAGGCACUUUUGAUUUUUGUGUUCUAUUUUGUGCUAAUAAAAAAUGGUUAUUUUUGUCUUUGACUGAUCCCUGUCGUGUAGAACAUCCAGAUAUUGGUCAAAGUAGAAAUUAUUCAUUAACUACAAAAAUUUUUGUGCCUGAAACAAAGCCUGAUACAAUCAGAUGGUUUUGCAUGGUUGAAGAGAGUUGUGAAAGCUGUGAAAAAUAAACAUGGCAGAGGAUUUUUAA